AAUGGAAAGACAUUAACAGCCGAACCAACAGGUCGAGCACAUCGAUCGCGAAGCUAAUCCCCCAAAGAAACCAAACAACUAAACCCCCAAGCAAGAUGUGGCAACUGACAUGGGCCUUUGCAUUGGCUUUCCUUUUAGUGGGUGGUGAGGCCAAGCCCUCGCAAUUCUUCAAUCAUCACUUCAACCACUUUGAUCCUCAUCAUACGAGCCACUUUGAUGGGCACCAUCUGAACCACUUGGAUACUCUACAUGCUCUGCCGCACCAUUUGGAUUACGCGGUGCAGGAGGCAGUUCUUCCGCCGCCGGCUCCUUUGCUUCCAGCGGUGGCUCCACCACCAGCAUUUGCUCCUGCCCCGCCGGCUUACGGUCCUGCACCACCUGUUUAUGGCCCAGCACCACCAGUUUAUGGGCCUGCACCACCUGUAUUAGCUCCUGCUCCACUUUUGCCAGCUCCUGCUCCUCUGUUACCCGCUCCAGCACCACUUUUACCAGCUUCAGCACCAUUUUUACCUGCACCAGCUCCUCUUUUACCCGCUCCUGCACCUGCUUUCCUCCCAGCUGCUGCACCACUUCUGCCAGAGUUCCAUGUGCCCACCGUAACCCACAAAGUGCUGCCACCCAUCCUGGAGGCAGUGCCCUUUGCACCCACCUAUCGAGCCAUUCCCGGACCCAAGACCACCACCCACCGCGUGUCCAUUGGGUAUGCAUUCCCCAAGCUGCUAGCCGCGCCACACGCCCACCUGAAAGCCCUGCCCUUGAAGUUCGCCCAUCACCAUUCGUUGUUCUAGGACAAUGCAAAAACACCAUUAGGAUGAUGGAAACCUCACCAAAGAGUCAUCAAAGUCAGCUAGUAAAUGUUAAAUUUUAACCUACAAUUAUACCAAAACAAAACAAUAAUUUAUCGAAUAAUUAUAGAGAAAUAAAACGAUGUUUAAAAA